UUUUAGCGGCCGAUACCAGCAAGGACAAGUUUUCAAUCAAGAAAAAAAAGAAAGGAAAAAAAGCACGCAAGAUUGUAUUAUGUCCCUUCUUUUCACGGUGGAACUUUUUUUCUUUUAAAUAAUUCGCCAUAAAUUCGUCCUUGAGGAUUAUUGCUGGAUUUCUACAUAUUUUUGCGGGAUUUUAUUGUGUCAUUGUAUCUGCUGUUUUCGUGAAGCAGGCUGCAGGUUCACCAUGAAGCUGACAGGGAUAUUUUUGCUAUUGAUGCUUUGGACCUGCGAGAGCGCGAGAGUCGCAGAGAGUCGAGACGACAAUAGCGUGUAUGACUUGUUUGAGCUCGUCCAAGUCCCUAAGAAGAACCAUGGGGUCACCCUGGUGAAAGGAGACGACCCGUACAGCCCCGCCUACAAGAUCCUCAACCCGGACCUGAUCCCCCCGGUCCCCGAGAGCGCCUUUAGGGACCUGAUCGAUUCAAUCCACGCCGAGAGGGGAUUCCUCCUCCUGCUCAACUUCAAGCAGUUCAAGCGGACCAGGGGAAGCCUCCUGACAGUGGAGAAGCAGGACGGCUCCGGACCCGUGUUUGAGAUCGUCUCCAACGGCAAGGCGAACACUCUGGACAUCGUUUUCUCCACCGAGAAUAAGCAGCAGCUUGUUUCCAUCGAAGAUGUGGAUCUGGCGACGGGCCACUGGAAGAACAUCACGCUGUUCGUGCAGGAGGACCGGGCGCUGCUGUACGCGGGAUGCGAGGAGGUGAACACGGCCGAGCUGGAUGCGCCCAUCCAGAGCAUCCUGACGCCGGAGACCCCAGCCAGCGCGCAGCUCAGGAUUGGCAAAGGCGCCGCGAAGGACAGGUUCAUGGGGGUCCUACAAAACGUGCGGUUUGUGUUUGGUACAACACUGGAUGCCAUCCUCCGCAACAAAGGAUGCCAAAGCUCCAUGAUGACUGACACCAUGAUCCUAGAGAACCUCAAUGGCUCCUCAGCAAUCAGAACAGAGUACACUGGACAUAAGACUAAAGAUCUGCAGAUGGUCUGUGGCUUCUCCUGUGAGGACCUGGUCAGCAUGUUUAAGGAGCUGAAGGGCCUUGGUGUGGUGGUCAAGGAGCUGUCCAAUGAACUCCGCCAGCUGACGGACGAGAACAAACUGAUCAAGAACCGCAUUGGCAUUCACAGUGGCGUCUGCAUCCACAACGGCAUUGUGCACAAGAACAGAGCCGAGUGGACCGUCGAUGACUGCACCGAGUGCACUUGUCAGAACUCUGCUACUGUGUGCCGAAAGAUCUCCUGCCCCCUGAUCCCCUGUGCUAAUGCUACUGUUCCUGACGGGGAGUGCUGUCCGCGCUGUGGAACACUGAGCGACUAUGCAGAGGACGGCUGGUCGCCAUGGUCUGAAUGGACCCAUUGUUCUGUGUCAUGUGGGCGGGGCAUCCAGCAGCGUGGACGCUCUUGCGACCGUAUCAAUAACAACUGUGAGGGCACCUCGGUGCAGACACGGGACUGCUACCUCCAGGAGUGUGACAAGCGCUUCAAGCAGGACGGCAGCUGGAGCUAUUGGUCACCCUGGUCAUCCUGCUCCGUCACCUGUGGUGCUGGUGUCAUCACCCGUAUCCGCCUCUGCAACUCCCCCACCCCUCAGCUUGGAGGCAAGGACUGUGAGGGAGAGGGCCGGCAAACUGAGAAGUGUCAGAAGUCUCCGUGCCCGAUCAAUGGCAACUGGGGACCCUGGUCACCAUGGGACACCUGCACUGUCACCUGUGGAGGUGGUGCCCAGACUCGUAAACGGCUGUGCAAUGACCCUGCGCCAAAAUAUGGUGGCAAAGAGUGUGUUGGUGAUGCCAAAGACGCCCAGAUAUGCAACAAGAAGCAGUGCCCAAUUGAUGGGUGCCUGUCUAACCCCUGCUUUGCUGGAGCCAAGUGCACCAGUUUCCCUGAUGGUUCCUGGAAGUGUGGAAAGUGCCCAGCUGGCUACACUGGCAAUGGUAUCAAAUGUAAAGAUGUUGAUGAGUGCAAGGAGGUGCCAGAUGCUUGCUUUGAGUUUAAUGGUGUGCACCGCUGUGAGAACACAGAUCCUGGCUACAACUGUCUGCCCUGCCCUCCUCGCUACUCAGGACCCCAGCCAUUUGGCAAAGGUGUGGAGCAGGCUGCUGCUAAGAAACAGGUGUGCACGCCUCGUAAUCCCUGCCUCGAUGGAAGCCACGACUGCAACAAAAAUGCCCGCUGUAACUACCUCGGACACUUUGCCGAUCCCAUGUACCGCUGUGAGUGCAAGCCUGGCUAUGCUGGUAAUGGCCAUAUCUGUGGAGAGGACACCGAUCUGGAUGGAUGGCCCAACGCUGACUUGGUUUGUGUGGAGAACGCCACCUACCACUGCAAAAAGGACAACUGUCCCAACCUCCCCAACUCUGGCCAGGAAGAUUACGAUAAGGACGGCAUUGGAGAUGCUUGUGACAAUGAUGAUGACAAUGAUGGCAUUCCUGACGAUCGGGACAACUGUCCAUUCGUGUACAACCCCAGGCAAUACGACUAUGACCGUGAUGAUGUUGGUGACCGCUGUGACAACUGCCCCUACAACAGUAACCCAGACCAAACAGACACAGACAACAACGGAGAGGGAGAUGCCUGCGCUGUGGACAUUGAUGGAGAUGGCAUACUGAAUGAGAAGGACAACUGCCCCUAUGUGUACAAUGUUGACCAGAGAGACACAGAUCUGGAUGGAGUGGGAGACAUGUGUGACAACUGCCCUCUGGAACAUAAUCCUGAUCAGGUGGAUUCAGAUGAUGACCGUGUAGGAGACAAGUGUGACAGCAACCAGGACAUCGAUGAGGACGGACACCAGAACAACCUGGACAACUGCCCAUACAUCCCCAAUGCCAACCAGGCUGACCAUGACAAGGAUGGCAAGGGAGAUGCCUGUGACCAUGAUGAUGACAACGAUGGCAUCCCUGAUGACAAGGACAACUGCAGACUGGCCUUCAACCCUGACCAACUGGACUCAGAUGGCGAUGGCCGCGGAGAUGCUUGCAAAGAUGACUUUGACCAAGACAAUGUGCCUGACAUCUACGACGUGUGUCCAGAGAACUUUGACAUUAGUGAGACAGACUUCCGCAAGUUCCAGAUGGUUCCUCUGGACCCCAAAGGAACCUCGCAGAUUGAUCCUAACUGGGUUGUCCGCCAUCAGGGCAAGGAGCUGGUUCAGACUGUCAAUUGUGACCCUGGUAUUGCUGUUGGUUACCACGAGUUCAAUUCAGUGGACUUCAGUGGGACUUUCUUCAUUAACACAGAGAGGGAUGAUGAUUACGCCGGCUUUGUGUUCGGCUACCAGUCCAGUUCCAGGUUCUAUGUCGUGAUGUGGAAGCAGAUUACACAGACGUACUGGUCAAAUAAACCCACCAAGGCCCAGGGCUACUCUGGCCUGUCCAUUAAAGUGGUUAACUCCACCACAGGCCCAGGGGAGCACCUCAGGAAUGCCCUCUGGCACACAGGGAAUACCCCAGGACAGGUCCGCACUCUUUGGCAUGACCCUAAGAAUGUUGGAUGGAAAGACUUCACUGCCUACAGAUGGCAUCUGAUCCACAGACCAAGAACAGGACUUAUUAGAGUUGUUAUGUACGAGGGCAAGAAGAUCAUGGCAGAUUCUGGAAGCAUCUAUGACAAGACAUAUGCAGGCGGCAGGCUAGGUCUUUUUGUCUUUUCACAAGAGAUGGUAUACUUCUCAGACCUCAAGUAUGAAUGCAGAGAUGCCUAAAUGCACGGCGCAGGAAGCUCUGAGGAAUGCACCUUUUUUGUAUAAAGUAUGAACUUAUGUAUUCUGAUGCAAAGUCCAGGGACCGAUUUAUCUCCGCGACUCUUUUUUCUGCGGCACGCACACUCGGACGGGGCGAAGGGCAUGUGGUCGGCCUCAGGGUAGCUUGAAGCUGGUUUGGGCAGAGCACCAACCUGUUGACUGCCAGUCGAGGAUCAGAGAGCCCCUUCUCCUCCACCCUUAGCAUCCUCAAGAGCAGGGAGAGCUGGAAAAAAAAGAAAACAAACCCUCUAUCUUUGCCAGUAGGACACAAACACCUUUCUAUCCCAGCUCUGCCUGCUUUCUCGCUCUCUGAAAGACCUCAUUCAUCUCUGUGCGGGAACGGCUCCCCAUAGACAACUAUGCACUUCCAAGCCUUUACAUCUCUCUCUCUCUCUUUCUAUCUCCUUCUUCAGCCUGUGUGCCUUUCUACCUUACCUUCUGGAUGGACAUCCCAAAGAAACAACUAAUGAAAUAUUUCCUUUGCUUUACUAGAUCUGCCAUGAUGUAGAUUCUGAAUGAUACAACUUUUGAGGAUGAAGACAGCAAUAACAAUUUGUAGGAAUCUUUGUUGUUGAGGACUUGUGACUUAAGAAAAUGGCCGGGAGUGGAGCAAGUUAGAAAUAAGGGGAACAUGAUGUUGUGGUGUAUUCAUGCAUGUACUAUAUGUGGAGGACUGGCCAUGAAUGGAACAAGAAAGUGCUUUUACGCAUCUACCUACGAAUCUCUAUAGUCAAGACAUAUGGAGAAGAGAAAUACGACAUUAAAUUUAGGUUAGCAAUCUUUUGAACUUACAAGUAUCAUGGGGUUUGUUGAUGUUGUGAUUAACUUAACAACUCUCAGGGUGAGAUGGAAGUGACGACUUUCGCAUAUCAAACCAGUAAGAAAAAAAUAAGAGGAUUAUAUUUUGCAGAAAAUUGCUAGAGCCAGUGAUCUCAAAGCCAGUAUUGCAACUAAAAUAAUGCUCAUCUUACAUCAAAACCUUGGUCAAUGAAGAGAUUUAGCUCCCUCAGCUUCUGAGGAUUCCAAUUUGAAAUCAUGUAAAUACAUGUUAUAUAUUGACUCUUGCCUACAAUGUAGGCAGAAAAGGAAAUUUAAAUGCUUUGAAAAAGUAAAGUAAAAUCCAUCCAAUAUCACAAUGAAAAAUGACCCAAAGUCAGGUACAGCCAGGUGUCAGAGGCAGGAUGCUUGCUCUUAUCUGUGUCUAUCGUCUCCCGCUGUACAAAGUGAAUUAGGUAUUCUUCAGAUAGGGCUAUUUAGCAUGAAGUGUAUGUGACUUGUGUGCCUUUUCUUCAGAGAGAGAUGAAAAACAAAGGAAAUCUUUGAUGUACAAAUAUUACCUCAUUGCUGUUGUAUAAUUUGAUCAAACAAAAACACAACCUAAGUACUUUUUCAUAUUCCUUUGAAAUGAUGGACAUCUUAGUUGUACUGUAGCAUGAGCUGUAAAUAGUAUGACAUUUCAUAUCUAAAAACACAACGAGCUCCCAAUCCCGUGAUCUACCCCGGUGAAAAAGACAGUAAAAUGGGAGAUUUCUUUUUUAUAAAUAAUUUUGCUUUAUCAUGUAUGUCCAGUGCUGUUUUUAGCAGAUAAAUUAUUGUUCUGUCUUAGCUGUUUGUGAGAGGUUGAUUUGAGUGUGUGCGCGUGUGUGUAGAUAAAUGCUAUUUAAAUAAUUUAUCAGGAUUUGUUGCCUUACCAAAGGGCACAUUUCCAUCUGUAUAAACGGUUUGCACACUGACAUGAGGAUGUUCUGUUCUUUAUCGUUUUUACCUUCUUUGUUAUUGUGUAUCUUUGUUACCAUUAUUUUUGUACAAUUAGUUUUGCUUGUCUGUAAACAUUUUCUUAGUUGUACAAAGCGAAAUGCUGUUUUUAUUCAUAGCAAUUAUUUUGUUACAUACUUCAAGACAAUAAAUAGUUGUUAAAAUUC